AUGUUAAAAUAAUCCUAAAUUUUGAAGGUUGAAAUUUUAAUUAUUGAAAUGUUGCAUGUGUUGUAGUUUGAGUUCAGUUUAUUUGUACCAAUAACCCUAUUAGCAACUCUUCAAAAUGAUAACUUAGAACCAAUUCUGUAGCCUGAAAAUUGGCAACCAUAAGCAUUUUAGCCUUUGAUUAUAAAAUUGAAUAACACCAAUCCUUUCAAUAAUCAAAAUAGCAAUUUCAAAAAUUUAGCUAACCCUAUGAAUAGUUAAUUUAUUGAAAUAAUCAUAAUAAUAAUAAUUUAUAAAAUUUAACGUGUACUUUAUAAUAGUUUAAAAAACAAAACUAAAAUGUAAAUUUGA